UCCGGGAGACGCUGGCCGAUCUGUACCACGGCUGGCGGCUUCGGUCUUCGUGGGGACCCGGCACUGCUGGGGGCGGUGCUAUUCAGGCCACACCUCCUGCGCCGACUCCGAGAGGCUCCGGAGCGAAGCGGUAAGCUUCGGGGGGCGGGGACUCGGGCUGGUUCUCUCUGAGCUUGGGGCUCGGCCGUCGCUGUCCUGGGCGUCCAUUCUUCCUGUUUCCGGUGGCCGCGCCGCCUCCCUCCGAGGCUCGGAGCUACGCCCUGUGGAGAACUCGCCGUUGUCGUCCUCUCAGCUUCGAACCCCUUCAGAGUUGCUCCGGGGCAACUGCCGCCCCGCAUUUUGUCGCUCUGAUUCUCGCCCCUGGGAGGACCCCGGCCCCACACUGCCCACUCUCUUGGAUGCGCUGGUCCCUCCCUCCCCUCUAAAAUGUCCAAUAACCUACAGGGAGUCUUCUUGAAAGCCGCCGAGGAAAAGUCAGGCAGCGCCUCGCCCUGGUAAGUACAGGUUGCCAGUCUCGCGGGACACGCCCGCCCCGCGCCCGUCUCUUAGCAGGAUGUGGAGUCGGCCGUCGUUUCCUGUCACCGCGGCUCCGAGGGGCGCGCCCCGCAGGGGGAGCAGCUCCCGACGCGCCGGCUCCCCGGCGGUCCGAGCCCUUAGAGCGCGCCCUUCUCGGAACCUAAGUCCUCCUCAGAGCCUCUCGCAGGCAGCCUCCGCCCCGGCCGGCUUCUCCGAUUUCAUAGGCGGAAAGAAUAGAGCUCCACGGGAGAGGAAAACCAACAUGGCCGACGCUCCUGUGUGACCAAACCCUUCUGGAAGGUUCUCGCGCACUCGCAGGAAAAAAAAAAAAAAAAAAAAAAAGCAGCGAUCUGCGCGGAUUAGCAAGUGCAACCCAGGUGGCGCUGGACCUUCAGUGAAAAAUAGCCAUAAUUUUAAGAGUGAGGAGAGGAUAGAUUUGUGUCAUUGAUAAGAGUAUAUAAAUUCGGAACCGAAAAUUUUUUCUAGAAUAAGGGAAUCGAAUAUUUUAAAUUUUCAAAGAACCGCUUUAUUUGGAGAGAAAGAAAAAAAAAAAAAGGAAAACCUGGAAAUGCACCUGUAAAAUCAAUCUUUUGGAACAGCGUAUUUGAAGCAGGGGUAGUGCGAAUGCCAUCUCUAACUGGAUAUCUGUGUAAAAACUAUAUUUGAUGUAGGGAGGUUCCAGUAUUAACGACAUACUUGUUCGUAAAUUUAGAAAAUAGUUUAUUCCUGACUCAGUGGGGUGUUUUUGUUUUUUGGGUUUUUUUUUUUUUGAAGCUUCUGUUAAUCGACAAAUGAAACGGAAACAAAACUGUUAGCUCCGGUAGAAUAUUUGACGUUGUUCACACCAUGGUUAGUGGACGUGUAAUGAAUGAGUGGUGAGAAAAAGUUAAUGGGUCUCUGCAGAAGGAAAAUGUGAAGAAGGAAGCAUGGAAGUUAAGAUGUAAAAUUCAUGGAAGAGGAUUUAUGAAGAAAGUCAAACUGCCCAGUAUCUGAAUAUUGAUGACAUCUGACUUAACCUAACAACUCAGUUUGUUUCAGGAUUGCACUUGUUUUUAAUAUCAGAAAUAAGUGUUUCAGGCUGCAUGUACCAAGUAGUUCAGACGAUUGGCUCGGAUGGAAAAAAUCUUCUGCAAUUACUUCCAAUUCCUAAUUUCUCUGGAAAUCUUAUACCACUAGUUCAAUCUUCAGUUGUGUCUGAUGCUUUGAAAGGGAAUACAGGAAGCCCAGUUCAAGUUACUUUUCAGACUCAGAUUUCCAGCUCUUCCACAAGUUCAUCAACAACUCAAUUGCCCAUUUUUCAGCCAGCCAGUUCUUCAAACUAUUUAUUUACAAGAACAGUAGAUACAGCAGAAAAAGUUAGAGUUACUACUGUGGGAACUGAAACUUUUACCUCAUCAGUUUCUAAAGUUCAGAGUCAUGGUGUAAAAAUUGAUGGACUCACCAUGCAAACAUUGGCUGUUUCUUCCUCCUCAACACAAAAUGAUUCAUCUUAUAUUUUAGUAAAUACUCAGAGCCUUCCAGUGACUGUGAAACCUCCAGUUUUGCCCUCUGGGCAUCAUUUACAGAUUCCAGCCCAUGCUGAAGUGAAAUCUGUACCAGCGACAUCAUUGCCUCCUUCAAUUCAGCAAAAGAUACUUGCAACUGCAACCACAAGCACCUCAGGAACAGUUGAGGCCUCCCAAAUACCUUCUGUUAUUUAUGUAUCUCCUGUAAAAACAGUGAAAAAUGUAGCUACCAAGAACUUUCAACACAUUUAUCCAAAACCUGUUACAGAAAUAGCAAAGCCAGUGAUACUAAAUGCCACACAAAUUCCAAUGAAUGUUGCAAAAGAGACACAAUUAAAAGGUGGUCAGCAUUCUCAAGCUGCUCCAGUGAAAUGGAUUUUUCAAGAAAAUCGACAACCUUGUACUCCAUCUCUUGUUCCUGUUAAGUCUUCAAAUAAUGUGGCUUCACAGAUUUUAAAAAGUUUUGUAGAAAAGAAAAGUGUGGGAGGUAAUACUAUAAAGAUGCCACCAUUGAGUACCAGCAGUCCUAGUGGGGCACAAUCCAAAAGUAUGCCUAUUAAAGAUAAUGCGUUGGUUAUGUGUAAUGGGAAAAUCUAUCUGUUGGCUAAAAAGGGGACAGAUGUUUUGUCAUCACAAAUUGAUCAACAGAAUUCUGUUUCUCCUGAUAUUCCACCAAGAAAAGAUUUAUCACAGAUAGUGAGCCCAAGUCCAGUAACAGAACUAUCCAGAGAGGUUGUAAACUUUGUUUUGGCAAAAAAUAAAUCUUCCCAGAUGGAGACAAAAUCAUUUUCAAACACCCAGCUUGCUUCCAUGGCCAAUCUAAGGGCAGAGAAGAAUAAAAAAGUGGAGACACCAUCUCUUUCUAUCCUACACCCAAAUAAUCUGAACCCACCCAUUAACUACUUAAAACAGAGUAAGACUUUAUUCCUAAAGGCAGACUUUCCAAAUGGAUUUAGUACAGGACAAAAUGCCCCCCCAAAAGAAAAUAUCAUCCAGAGCAUAGAGAAAAUAAGUUCCUCUAUUGAUGCAACAAGUAUUACUUCACAACAGUGUGUUUUCAGAGACCAAGAACCAAAGAUCCAGAAUGAGAUGGCAUCAACAUUACAAAAAGGUGCUCAAGAAAGAAAUGACAAAAAUGCUCAAGGAAGAAGCAGUAAGGCAUAUCUGAAGACUGAUGCUGAAUUUAAAAAGCUAUUUGGUCUUACUAAAGAUUUGAGAAUAAGACUUACUCGGAUUCCUGACCAUUUGGGUGCUGGAGAUUUUGAUUCCUUUAAGAGUUUGGUGAAGAGUGACAAUGAGACAAAGUUUACAGUGAAGGAGGAAGAGAGAAAACAGGGUUUUGAUAAGAAAAGAAAAGCAAAAACCGUUAAGAAGAUGGAUCACGCAAAGAAGAGAAAAAUCGAGAGUGCUUAUAACACAGCUUUAAAUGGAGGAAUUAGCUAUAUUUUACCAACUUCAGAUGUAUCACACCAUAACAUUGUUACAAGCUGCAAUAAAACCAGAGAAGAAAGAACUGAGGUAGAACACUGUACCCGUGAAAAUCAGGAGAAAGUCUCUUUGAGUUCAAAUGCAGAUUUUGGACAAAGUCAUUCCUUUACCAGAAAUUAUACUGAAGAUAUUUUUCCCAUGACACCACCAGAGUUAGAAGAAACCAUUCGAGAUGAAAAAAUAAGAAGACUUAAACAAAUGCUGAGAGAGAAAGAAGCAGCCCUUGAAGAAAUGCGUAAGAAGAUGCACCAAAAAUAAUAAAAUGUUGCCAUACUUAAA